AUGGCCUGGACGUCUGUCCUGUUCAUGCUGCUGGCCCAUCUCACAGGUAAGGGAACUCUUGGGGCCCAGGGCUUCCUUGCUCCUCCUGUAGCCUUGCUCUGCCCCAGUGAUGGACAUGCUUCUGUCUUCUCAGGUUGUGGCCCUCAGCCCAUGGUGCAUCAGCCACCAUCAGCAUCUUCUUCCCUUGGAGCCACCAUCCGCCUCUCCUGUACCCUGAGCAACAACCAUAACAUUGGCAUUUACAGCGUUUACUGGUACCAGCAGAGGCCGGGCCACCCUCCCGGGUUCCUGCUGAGAUACUUCUCACACUCAGACAAGCACCAGGGUCCCAAUAUCCCACCUCGCUUCUCCGGGUCCAAAGAUACGGCCAGGAACCUGGGGUAUCUGAGCAUCUCUGAACUGCAGCCUGAGGACGAGGCUGUGUAUUACGGCGCUGUGGGGCUCCGGAGCCACGAAAAGAAGAGGAUGGAGAGGGAGUGGGAAGGAGAAAAGUAGUAUACAGAUUUGGGAUCUUAGGCUCUGAAGACAUUCAGACCCUGAACUGAAGACGGAGUUUGCUUUGCUCAGCUAGUCUGGUAUGGGAAGGAGAGGUAGAACGUGGGGCUUUGCAGAGCCUAGAAGGUGGAGUUAUGCAGCUUUUCCUUGUUCUGCGGUGUUGCUAUGAGCCCCCAUCGGAGGCUGGAUUGUAGAAUUAAAGCUGUUUUUACUGA